GACCGUGUCGUAGUGUGAAGCUCGCUUAACCAGUCGUUUUCGGCGACCGGGCUGAAUUGGCUGAAUGCUGCUGCUGUGCUUGUUGCGUUGUCUUUGUGUCGUCAUCGAUUGUAGUCAGUUUCGACCCCUCUAGACCUAAGCCACCCCCUGAUAACACCAAGAAAAUUUAAGAUUACAACGAAAAGGCUUUAUUCAAUUAAAUCAACAGGAAGAAAAAUCGAAAUAUUUUGAAGAAUUAUCUGAAGAAAACUAUACAAUAGCAAUAAAGAAGACUUAGGUGUUGUCAAAUUUAUUGUGUUCAUAGAAAAUUUUUACAGAAGCAAUCCAAGAAUUACUACAACGUUUAGAAACUUAAGACGAUGUUCCAGAGUUUCGCCAGUUAUUUCUUAGGUGGAACUGACACUACUGGAGGGGUCGACAAUGGCGACGACAAUAAUACGAGGGUGGAUCUCCGUACAACUGAGCACGAGGACGGUUGGACACUGGUCGAUCGCGAAUCCGAUGGCGAUUCAGACAGGUACUCUUCGGAGGAGGAGGACAACGUGACCGGGGACGGACUGGAGCGGGUACGACUCGGACGCGCCUCGUCCAGCGAGUCCCUUAACAGCGGAGGACACAACACCAACCGGACGUCCGCCAUGGACGAGAGCUGGUUCGUUACUCCGCCGCCCUGUUUCAGUUCGCAAACAGGUCCGGUCCAGUUGGUUACCUCCCCCCUCGAGAACCUGCUCAUCGAGCACCCGUCGAUGAGCGUGUACGUGCGUAACGGCAGCCGCCACCCGCUCAUACGCACGCCUUCGCCCUCCGACAUUGCUGACGAAGAGGAGGAUGAUGAUGUGGAGGAGGAGAUCGAGCUGGAACCAAUGAUACUCCCACCCGAAUUACUCUAUCUGGAACACGUGCUUAUCCGUCGUCCGAAUCAGCGGUACAACGCCGACUGGUUAAGGCGACUGGUGCACACUGCUGGUGAACCUACAGCCCCCGCGGAGCAGGUGGGCGUACCUACACCUUCCGCCGCCGCGGCGUCGCACCGAUGCCAUCGCGCGCAGCCGGUGCCUUUGGGGCCGGGGCAGCUGGCCAAGAACCGUCAAGCGCAGAAGAUGCAGGUGAAGAAACUGGCCAAGCAGGCGACCCGCGGUCACCUGGACCGCUCGAACAAGGCUCGUGAAGUGAACGGGCGCAAUAGGAACCCACGGCGCAAGGAACGGUGCCAGGGCUCAGCCCGUUCGCACGCCAACAAUAACCGCAAAUGCUAAACGCGGCGUUCGCAACAUUGAUCUCAUUAUAGAGACGAACGGGAGAAGAGAAGGGUUGAACAUAACCGUUCUUUUUUCUCGAGAGGUCUCGUUUGACAGGCGUCUUAACGCGCAGGCCUGUCAAAAUUGUACAUGUAUCGGUAGUGGAGUGUUUAUUUCGGUUUGUUAUAUAAAGACUUUUCAUGCAACUGGUUCAUUAAAAGGUCUUUAGGAUCUUGUUUAGAUAUAAAAUUGAAUGUUUCGAGUUAUUUCCAGGUAUUCUUUCUUUUUUAAAUAUUUCCUUUUAUCUGGUACUUCCAGAAGUGCCUGUCAGUUUGCUUAUCCGGGUCAGAUGCGAUUUAAGGUGUGAUUGCGCCCCAUAGUAGUUCGUUUCCACGUUUUAAAGUGAUAUUUUCAAAAAAAAUGUAAAAUUAAAAAUGGUGUAAUACAUAAAAUACAGGUUUUGGUCACGCACAGUCAUAAGAACGUAUCAGUAGGUAUGUCUGAUUUUAAAAUUUUCUAUACAGAAAUUAUGAAUGAAUGAAAAACUUUUAAUGAACCAGUUUCAUUAAACACCUUGUAUAUGUCUGUAUCCUAUAUCCCAGCAAGAUCUCGCUAUUCCCCUUGGACUAAGAUUGGACAAAGGAUUUCUUUUAACUGCAUGAUUUUUUUUAUUCAUUUUAUAGUUAUAAAACUCUACAUAAUUUAUAACUUAAUUUUGGAUAAUUUGCCUUCUAUUUAAAAAUAAUUUAAAGACUAUUCUUUCUUCUGACAUCGUCAGAUUUUGAGGGUUAGUUUUCUGAUCAAGUGUGUUUUGUAAGAUGACAGAUAAACAAAAUCCUUAUGGGAAAUUACACGAGAAUUUUUUCAACUGUCAAUUGUCAUUUUUGGAUUAUACUGUAUAUUUCUACAGAUAUAUAAUGGGUGUUUCAGUACCACUGUUCCAAUAGAAUACUUUAAUUAUAGGCAAAAGUUAUUAUAUGCAAAUAGGUGAUUUUUAUUACUUUUUAUUAUUUUUAUUCAGGAAUACUUCAGGAAACUAAAAUCUUCACCAGACUAAUUCUAUGUUUUUAUGCUGUAUAUCUGGUACACUGGAAAAGUAUAAAAUUUACUAUGCAACUGUCUGACUUCUUUAAUUGGAUCAGAAAUACCGAGACACCUGGUAUAAAUAGCGCAUAGCUACUUCAAAGGUGAUUUAUUAUUUAUGCAUGUUCCACAUUGGAAUAAAUAGUUUCCAAACCAGGACAAAUUCGGAGCUCAUUUUUAGAUCCUAAUAACAAACCUCGUAUCUAAUCAGAACUAGUAAUUCUAAAGAUAAUAUAAUAGGUAAUUUGAAGUAUGGAUUCAUAUAUGUAAAAUGCCAAAAACAAUAUAAAAUAAUGCUCAUAUACUUCAAAGAAGUUUAUUUUGAUUCAUAUAUUUAAAUUAUUGUGUAGUUUUUAAUUUUAUAAUUUGUUUGUUUAUUUAUAUGUCCCUAAGUAAAAUAAGUGAGCUGUAUCUGGGCUGAAGCUUACUUUUUUAACUUUAUAGGAACUCAACGACAUAUAAUUACUACUACUACUACUCUUAUUGAGUAGUUUUCUCUAUGUUUGAGGCCAUAAAAAUUGUUUUAUUAAUUACCAUAAUUAUAAUUUUUAUAAUGAAAAAAAAAAUGAAAUGUGUUAUAUAUAGUUUUUAUUUUUUAAAAAGUCCAUAAAAAAGUACAAUAUGCAAUUGGAUACAGACAUUUACAAUUAAUAUUCUAUUAAAUUUUUGUUUUUAAUAUUUUGUGAUUAAUUUUUAUUUUUGAAAAACACUCUACUACCACAAUCAUUUAAUCCGUAACGUUCAACACUAUGUAAGGAAAAUGAUAAGAAUGGCCAAGUUUAAGAGAAAAAAAUGUGCCCUCAAACUUGACCAUUAGAAUCUUUGCUUGGGGCUCUAAAUAUUCCAACCAUCAUUAUUAGUUAGUUAUUAAAAUAUUAGCUAGAAUUCACGUCAUCAAAUCUCAUCGACUAAAAGCACACACGAAUAUUCUUCAUUCUGGAUUUUGAAUUCUCUCAAUUUUUACCCCUAUAUAUUUUUUUUGACGCAAGGUAAUAUAAAUUACAAAAACCUUCGUCAACCAAUUUUAUUUGAUUCGAAAUCUUGAAUGAACUUUAUUGUUUUCUUUUCAGAGCAAAACUAUAUCAUUAAAAAAGCACAUGUGAUUAAAGAAAAGAAAAAAAUAAUAUAACCAAAGCACCAAUGUGUGUUCAUACGAAAAAAAAAAUAAAUAAAAUGAGAAAAUAACUUAAAUCAAUUGCAUGCUGUACAAAUAAUUGUAAAUUAACCAUGAACGUUGCGGAUACUUUAGUAUUAAGAUUCAAAAAAUAUUGUUUGUUUAUUUUUUUAUUAUUUGAAUUGAAUUGAUUGUUACGUAGACUAUUCUGUAGGUUUAAAAUAUUUUUCACUUCAAAUUUCUUUAGGUUGAAUUUAAAAAAUAUUUUAAAAAUACAGAGUUAUUAAUUUAAAUAAAUAUCACAUUACUGCUAGCAUAUAAGUAAUACUCCUAUAUAGCUAGUAUAUAAUAACAUUAUAUAAAGUUCGAUAUUACUGAAAUUUGAUUUUAUAACUAUAACAUUAUGUUGUUAUAUAUUAUCAUAGAAAUUAUUUUUUGUUUUCAUUUAAUUAUUCUAUGAUAGCGCUACGUAUCACUUAAAGAUGGAUAAGAAAAAUUUUAUGAAAAAGUAAAAUUUUAAAAAUUUUCUCGCCUAUUUUGCUAAAUAUCUAGAGUAUUAUAAUUGUCUUAGUGUGACUAAAUUUAGAGGCGCGAAAUUUAAAAAUAAAACAAUACUGAUUUUGUAAACAGCAGACAAAACAUUUUAUGCAAUACUAAUAAUUCCAAUAGUUUCGU